GGCUGUUGAAAGCAGAGAGAGAGGAAAACGGACACACGCACGCGCACACCGGCAUCGCUUUCAACAAAAAGCCGUCGAAAGCGCCGAAUUGAGACCACGUUUACCGGCGAAAGUUUCCUCGACAAGACGCCCAGAUGGACACCAGAAACACUGAGGAGAAACCAGUCCAGCGGUCCAAGUCCUUUAGCUUCAAGACGCAGAAGGAGGUUUGCUCAUCGUGCGAGAAGACGGUCUACCCCAUGGAGCGGCUGGUGGCUGACAACCAGGUCUUCCACUCCACGUGCUUCUGCUGCAAGCACUGCAACACCAAGCUCAGCCUGGGAAGCUUCGCUGCCUUGCAAGGUGAAUUCUACUGCAAGCCUCAUUUCAAGCAGCUGUUCAAAAGCAAAGGCAACUAUGACGAGGGCUUUGGACGCAAGCAGCACAAAGAGCGCUGGGCCGCCAAGGAGACAGAAAACAUAACCAAGACGGCGUAAAAACAAACAAAAAACGGUGACAUCGCUUUUUAAAAUUUUAUUUUUAUUUUAUUUUUUUUAACUGGCCAUAAUUCACACCAUUAUUUUGUUGUUCUUUUUAGUUUAUUACCAGCUAGUUGAUUGUGACCAACAGCUGUCUGGGCUUGGGCGAAGGGGGAAACGUUACCAUGCUGUAAUUCUGUUAUUUCUUAUUGUUGUUGUUAUUACAAAUGAUUUGCAACCAUUUAAUCACAUCAGCAGGCUCACACUUUUUUUAUACACACACACAAACACACACACUCACACGCAAACACACACUCACUCACUCAGUCACUCAGGUCAACUAUCCCAGGCUUUUUAUUGGCAGUGUCACCCAAGGAUUUUAUACAAAAAUGUUACAAUAAUGAACCGCAGCGGGCCCGAGCACCUGACAGGGGAUGAAACAGGGUACUGUAACAUUACCUCGUGUUUUUUUUCUUUUCUACUUAUUCUGUUGUGGAGUGUCGACCGUCUUUGUUGCAUGUAGUCAGUACGAGGAGGUCCCAACGGCCUUAUUUUCACCACUGGAUCGGCCUUUAAUGUUGUAAUUAUUGGUUUUAUUUAGUUUACGAGCACUUGGAUUGUUUGUUUUGUGAAUUUAUCUGUACAUAGCGCUGUAGUUUUUGUGAUUCGUAAAUACCCUCCCACCCCCACUCGACACCAAUCGCCCCAAGUUGCCGAAAACACCCCACGCGUUUGUGCCAUCUGUCGUUUGAAUCAUUCCAAUCAUGUAAAAAAAAAUAAAUAAUAAUAAUCCUUUGUUACCCUCCCCAAACCCAGUGUUUGCAAACUUUUAUUGAGCCAAGGUAUAUAUUUUACAAUAGAAAAAUCGUUUAAACGACACACCACUGAACAAAAUGCAUGGUGGUAGUGGAAGAGCAUUUAAUGUUUCUGCAUGUCACUACACGUGGUUGGCAUAAAUAGAUGACCAUAGAUACUAAGAUGCUGUCCUAACCAGUUGGCACCUGGACCUAUUCCUUCAAGAAGUGGUGCCCCCUAAAAUGAGUGAAUGCUGCACGUGUAACAGCCGGUGCAGAGUGCCCCCUGCUGCUGACCCGCUGGCUUGUCUGAGGAGAAAUAGUUAACCAUAUGACCGUUUUUUCUUUCCUUUUUAAAAUUUUUUUUAAAUGCCUUUUUAGUCACGGCUGCCUCCGUUUCUGGCCUCCAUUUUGAUUGACGAACUAUUAAUCAGGAUUAUGUUUUUUUUUUAUUGUGUGAACAUUUAAAAAAAAUCUAAUUUUAGGGACUUGACUGACACUUGAAUGACUCGAUAGAUUUUGUUACUGUGAAUCGAGCAUGCUGUGACCAAUAAAAUUGAUUAUUUGCAUUUUUUUUUUUAAAUGAAAAGCCUUAGAACUCACUAUGACUUCAUGUCCUGAUCAUGCCUUUUCCAAAAGCAGACUUCACGCCACAUUCCCACUCAACCAGCAGCCCCACUCACGACUCCACAAAAUAAUGUACUGUACAAUACUUCUAACUCUGCUGUUACGUAUGUAUGUGUAUGUUGACUUUUUAAUCAUUGAAUGCUUUCAAUUUGAAAUUAUUAUACUGUAUGUGGAAAAUGUUGUCUUUUUGUUUGUUGGUUGUUGCCCACCAAGGGUACAUCUGUGAACAUCACUCUGGUUAGGUGAUUGAUGAUGGCAGGUUUUUGAGGAAAAAGUUAAGUCUGCUGUUUUGUUCUCAUGGAUUUUUCAUCUUUUCAAACUUACGCCUCUUUUUGACAGUGGUUUAUAUAUAUAUAUACACACACAGUGGGUACGGAAAGUAUUCAGACCCCCUUGAAUUUGUCACUUUUAUAUUGCAGCCAUUUGCUAAAAUCAUUUAAGUUCAUUUUUUUUUCCACAUUAAUGUACACUCAGCACACCAUAUUGACAGAAAAAAAGAGGAAUUGUUGAAAUGUUUGCAGAUUUAUUAAGAAAAAAGGAAAUAUCACACAGCCAUAAGUAAUCAGACCCUUUGCUCCGUAUUUAGUAGAAGCACCCUUUUGAGCUAAUACAGCCAUGAGUCUUUUUGGGAAUGAUGCAACAUGUUUUUCCACACCUGGAUUUGUGGAUCAUCUGCCAUUCCUCCUCAUAGAUCCCCUCCAGUUCUGUUAGGUUGGAUGGCGAAUGUUGGUGGGCAGCCAUUUUCAGGUCUUUCCAGAGAUGCUCAAUUGGGGUGGAGUGCUGCAGUGAUUGUUGACUUUAUAAAACUCUCCCAUCUCCUGACUGCAUCUCUGGAGCUCAGCCAGAGUGAUCUUUGGGUUAUUCACCUCUCUCACCAAGGCUCUUCUCCCCCAAUUGCUCAGUUUGGCCGGAUGGCCAGCUCAAGGAAGGGUUCUGGUCAUCCAUUUAAGGAUUAUGGACCCCACUGCUCUUAGGAACCUUAAGUGCAGCAGAAAUGUUUUUGUAACCUUGGCCAGAUCUGUGCCUUUCCACAAUUCUGUCUCUGAGCUCUUCAGGCAGUUCCUUCGUCCUCAUGAUUCUCAUUUGCUCUGACAUGCACUGUAAGGUCUUAUAUAUACAGGGGUGUGGCUUUCCUAAUCAAGUCCCGCUGGACUCCAAUGAAGGUGUAGCACCAUCUCAAGGAUGAUCAGAUGAAAUGGAGAGCACCCGAGUUAAAUGUAUGAGUGUCACAGCAAAGGGUCUGAAUACUUAUGGCUGUGUGAUUUCAGUUUUUCUUUUU